CUGUUAAUAUAGUAUAUGUUAAUUGUCACAAAUCAUGGCAUUGUGCAUAAAAAUUGCACUAAUUACAUCUGUAUUGUCCCUCUUUUAUAAUUAACUCAUUCAAACCUCAAAACAACUGAAAUUAUUUUUUUUAAGAUGGAUCAUUUUUCUAAUGUUUUAUUACAAAUCAUAGCCUCAAUUUUUCUCUGUUUCAUUGCCACCUCUUUUGCUUGCUCUAAUGGCCAAUGCAAGCUACAAGAAGCAUGCUCAUCUGAUUCAGACUGUGAGGGUGGAUUGUAUUGUUUAUCUUGUUCCUUAGAAUUUGAAGGUUCAAGAUGUGUAAGAUCGGCCAUAACUGACCAAUUCAAGCUUCUGAACAACUCAUUACCUUACAACAAAUAUGCAUUCUUGACGACGCACAACUCAUUUGCCAUCAAAGGAGAGCCACCUCAUACUCCCGUUCCAAGAUUGACAUUUACAAAUCAAGAAGACACUGUCACUCAGCAGCUAACUAAUGGAGUAAGAGCCUUAAUGCUAGACACAUACGAUUUCAAAGGAGAUGUAUGGCUGUGCCAUUCUUAUGAGGGGAAAUGCCAUGAUUUUACAGCUUAUGAACCGGCUAUAGACACAUUUAAAGAAAUAGAAGUUUUCCUAUCAGCAAAUCCAUCAGAAAUUGUAACAUUAAUCCUCGAAGAUUAUGUGGAAGCCCCAAACGGAUUAACAACAGUUUUUACUAAUUCUGGUUUAAUGAAGUAUUGGUUUCCGCUCUCAAAAAUGCCUCAAAAUGGGCAAGAUUGGCCACUCGUAAAAGACAUGGUUGCCGCUAAUCAAAGGCUCGUCGUCUUUACUUCCAAAAGGGCCAAGCAACAAUCCGAAGGAAUAGCUUAUCAGUGGAACUACAUGGUAGAAAAUCAAUAUGGUAAUAAGGGAUUGAAAGAUGAUUGUAGUAACAGAGGCGAAUCAGCAGCGCUUAGUGAUAAAUCUAAAUCUUUAGUUCUGGUUAAUCAUUUUGGAUCCGUAUCGGUUAAGGAAAUCGCUUGCCAUGAUAAUUCCGACAGGCUUAUUGAUAUGCUUCGUACAUGUUAUGGGGCAUCUGGUAACAGAUGGGCUAAUUUCGUUGCCGUUGAUUAUUACAAGAGGAGCAGCGGAGGAGGAGCAUUUCAAGCAGUAGACACACUGAAUGGAGAGCUAUCGUGUGGGUGCAAUGAUUUGCAUGCAUGUGUGCCUGGAUCAACAUUAAGGUGUAGUCCAUGAGGAUGAUCAACCUACAUUAGAAAUUAAGUGGAGCACAACUAGCUAGCUAGGCUGAAGUAGCUAUUGAAAUUAAAAAAAUUGGAAUUUGUACAUUAUUGAAUUAGUUCAAUUUUCAUGGAAUUUCCAAUUCAAUUUCUUAGUCGAAAUAUGUUAUCAUCUUUUUCUUC